UAGGUCUUAAAGCGUGUUUUGCGGGAAUUUAAAUUCACUAAAGAAGAAAAUAGUAAUUGUUAGAAUUAUCAUGAUAUUCUUUCAACUUAUGCCAGUGCAUGCGCCAUGGCUGUUGUUUUUCGCCUAUUUAGAAAUGCUAGCUGUAUUAGUGUAUGCUCAAGGUGAAACUGAGAUCAAAUCUCCUUUCGAAGCCACAAAGUCCCGUCUAAGCUUAGGAUACAUAGGCAGAGGAUAUGAUAUAUACAAAGGAAACCCAGCAAGUGAAAACGGAGAAGUUGACCAAGGAUUUCGUCUUCCAGUUAUAGGUUUACCUUUCUCCUCGUCCCGGUUCACUUCUGAUGGAGAAUACCGAAUACCCGAUAACGUUGACGUAAUAUCUGAAACAAGUGCGUCUUUCGGAUCGUCCUAUCAUCAACUAAUUACGGAAACAGAUUACCAGAGCAUGCUACAAGUCGAUGCUUCCGUCCACGUAGAGGGCAGUGGUUAUGGUUACACUGGAAGUUUCAGUGCCAGUACCUCAUACCAGAAAACAGUGAAGGAGAUUGCUAAAGGAGAAACAACUACUUUAGAUAUAAUUGGAAGAGCUAAUGUUUACAAAGCUAGAUUAGCCUCAACUGGAACACAGUCCAAGCUGAGUGACUUUUUGGAAAACAGCUUUAGAGCCUUGCCGAGUGAGAAUUGUGAAGAAGAUGCGAUUCAGCAGAUGUAUAUUAAUGUGGUUGAGCAGUUUGGAACUCAUUAUUCAACUGAGGUAGUCAUGGGAGCAAAGGCAGUACAAGAACUUAGAUUUAAGAAUUCUGAUGUAGAUAGAUUCCAGUCUGUUGGCAUCUCGGCUAUGGUUGCAGCCGAACUGUCUUCUCCUUUUGGUGCAAGUGGGGGAUUUAGUGUAGGAGUGUCUAGCAAUAAAGAGUUGAGAGAAAUGGUUCGCAAUACAGACAAGGAGCAAAGAGAAUACUAUAUCGGUGGAAGUCCUCCGUCCGGUUUCGGUGAUGACAGCACUGGAUCAACAGAAAGUUUACGUGAAUGGGCGAAAUCUGCAGCUGACAAUCCAGCACCUAUCAAAUAUAAAUUAUCUUCAAUCGACACGCUUAUUAGACCAGAGUACUUCAAAAAGACUAUAUCUGGAUUGUAUGAGAGAAGAAAAUGUUUACGCAAAGCGUUGUUUCAUUACUGUAUUAAGACAAUAGCAGCAAAUCACUGUACUCUUUUAUCAGAAUCGAAUUUGGACGGAAACGCAACAACUUUCAAGUAUGGUGAUUUUAUUAAAGUAACCAACGGAAACAGAUUUUUGGCCCUGUCACAGCAUUUUGGAAUAUCACCAGGACUGACAGUCAAACCUUUAACUACAGUGUCUGAAGUUACAAACUACGACGGAUUAUUCCAAAUUGUACCAACUGAGGGUAUCAACAAAUUUGGAAUUAACUUGCAUUAUGGAGAACCAUUUAUUCUGAAGACGUUAGAGGGCGAUAUGUUGUAUAUGGGUAAAGUGAUGAUUUUAAACACAGAUAUGCCGUCCGAAGCUAGACUACAGGAUGUAUUUACAGAUAAAGACGAACAACGAAAUGUCAAUAGCAGCCACAGUCAAAUUACUGACUUCUCCAUUUUUCUGAAAAAGGUGAAAGAUUGUUCGUAUCUAAUAUCUCUGAAAUACGCUUGUCAUAUUGAGGAAAACUAUUUUUUCCAAGUCCAAAUAAUCGGAUCAGAAGGAACAAUAAGAAGUAACGUGAAUGUUCGCUGUAGUUGCAGAAGAGGUAUCUGUGGUUUUAUUUGGUUCCACGACAUUAUCAUCGAGCACGAUAUUGGACAAUUUAACGCAUUAAGAAUCAUGGGUCUCCAUGGAAUAAGAACAGACCGUAUAUAUGGAGUAUACAUUAAAGUUUUGAUAAAUGGCGAAAAAAGACAAGUAAUUUGGAAUAAAGGCCAUUGUGUUGGCCGUAUAUUCGAGAUCGGAAGAAGAAGUCUUCAAAUUACACAAAGAGGAGUUGAAUUAGAUCUAUAUCCAGUGAAGUUUACAUUCCACAGUACAGAUAAGGCUAACUUACAAGGACAACCUGUAAAAUUGGGCGACACUGGUUUUAUUCAUAUUUUAUCAUCAAUGCCAAGAAAAUCUUUCUGGGACCAGGGAAUUUCACAGUUAAUGAGUGUAGAAAAUAUGGGUAAAGUAGGAAUCAAAGAAAUAGGACCAGGAGCACAUCAACCUAUUUCAACAGUUUGCAACACAUUGAUAUAUCCAAGCACCUCUGACUUCACUGAUCGUUACGAUUUUUCUGAUUAUAUCGUAAUUUCUUUUGAUGUCAACGUCAUGGUCAGCUAUGUAGAGGUUGAGGUAGAACAUGGGUAUGACUUUAACAAAUUCAACUUUACAUUAGCGUAUGUCAACGAAGAAAAUGAGGCAUUCACAGAUGUAUCUAAUCUUAAAAGAACAGUAAGGAACAAUACACUGAAUCUUACUUUGCCAUCUUCAAUGUACACUACGGCUAUUAAAUUAUAUUCAAUUCAUAUUGAAGACAACUCAAAUAUAACACGAGUUGUCAAAAUGGUAGCAGUGAUUGGUUGUACCCGCGCAAUUAUAGACUCGAACACUGGUAUAACUAAUACCAACAACCAGGAAUGGAAGCUUAAACUGAGCGAGAAUCAGAUACAGACAUCUCCAUAUCUCAAAGUCAUUCCGAAGAUGAGCAACAAUAUAAAUCGGGAAGAAUUGUUUAACCUCUUAGAAAAACCCGUUUCUGGUUCUUUUUCUUUAACGAUUCCUCUAGCAGUAAGUCAGCGCGACUGUAACUUUACUGCUGAAGCUUUACAUAAUUUUUUAGAACAAGCCAGCACUGUAGCAGAACUAAAAUUUGAAAAUGUAAAACUAACAAGAACAUCUGACAAUAGUGGAGAAGAACUCGUUAUUUCGAUGGAUUUGACAGGCCUCAACUUAAUUGAAUAUAACCGAGGAUAUAUGUCGUUAAACGACGCAGUAAAGUUAGCAAUCAAACGCAUGACUUGUCCAACCAAUACUGAUCAAAAGGAGUCACCACAAAGCCAACUAUCCCAAGGAACAAGUCAAUCAUCUGCAUCGUCCACUGGAAUCAUUGCUGGUUUUUCUAUUAUCGGUUUACUGCUGCUUGUUGUCUUGAUGUUUUUAAUUUGCAAGACGUACAAAGAAUCAAGCCAUACGAAAGGAAUCAAAGGACAAUUCAGAGCACCACCAAAUGUCAACAAAGGCUACAACGAGUAUAUCAUGGAAAAUGCUGGCAAUGAGUGAAUCCGGUAUAUGAAUGAAAAAGAUUAACAGGCGAUAAACUAUUUAAUACAUUAUAUUUGUAUACUCAAACAAAAUAGACUUUUUGUAUAUAUGUAUAUAAAGUAAUCUCUCUCUUUCUGUGAAACACAUAUUUAUAUUGAAAUAUUUAGAAUAGUGCCACAUAAAUAAAUAAAUGAACAAUAUUGCAUAAACAAUAACUUCAUUGAUCAUGAUCCCCAUCUAUAUUACUUAGGUAUCAAAGCUUUGCUCGUGGUCAUUCGUUGCAGCCUUUUCAAUUCUUAAACAUACACAAUUGGGUAUUGAGGACUAAACAAAGGUUCAGAUGAAGUUUGUGCAUACAAGAUUCCUUAACCCUGUUAUAGAUUUGACAGAGUGGAUGUUUUGUUUUAUCAAAAACUAUAUAUGAGAAGCACAAUGUAAUGUCAUUAUGUAGACAAAAUAAACAA